AUGGUCACUUGUCAAGGCUGUGGUGAGAGCACCACCUCACGUUUGUGCUGCCCCAGUUGUACGGAGGCAGGAAGGACUUCUUUCUUUUGUUCACAAAAAUGUUUUAAUGUCUCAUGGGCAUCCCACAACAAGCUGCAUGCAGUGCUGCAGCGGGGACAACCCCGUACUGCUGCAGCAAGCAGCAGCAGCAGCAGUAGUAGCAGCAGCAGCAGCACCCCCGGUGGUGUUUGUCAGGAAACGUACGGCAACAAACGCAGUGCAGAUGACAGUCCAGGGACAAUCAGCCCACUAACACAAACGGACAACAACAGCAGCAGCGGCAGUAGCAGCAGCAGCAACGACAAUAGCAACAGCAGCAGCGGCAGAAUAGGCUCGGAUAACGAGCUCGAUCCGGGCCAGGCAGCAGCACCAGCAGCAGCACCAGCAGCAACAGCGCUGCCGGUGGUGCCUUCUCGCGCUUCUCGGGGUCUUGGGAUAAUACAAGCUAGGGGUAUUACGCGCAGCAGCAACAGUAGCAACAGCAGCACAAACAGCAGCAGCAGCACAAGCAGCAGCAGCAGUAGCCCGUCGAAGGCACUAAGCAGUGGCUUCGUUUCUCGCUUUCUUCCUGGCAGCAGGAGGCCUAUAGAAAUUCCUUUGCACGCGAAGGGAGAAAGGAAGACAACAGCAGCAGCAGCAGCAGCAAGGUUCCGUUCUUCAUCAGCAGCAGGAAACCAGGGUGGUCCUGCUACUGGUGUGUGUCCUCGCUUCAUUUUCUUGCUGCUGCUGCUGUUGUGUCUCUUAUGCUACAUGGCAGUAGCGGGUCUCCUCUCUAGUCUAACAGGGGGCCUUGUGGGGACCCCUCCUCCUCCUUUGCUGCAGCAAGAAGCAGCAGCAGCAGCAGCAGCAGCAGCACCGGAUCUGCAGGCUACUAGGGAUGCCCUAUUAGAGAUUAGAGAUAAAUUAGCAGCACUAGAAGGCCUUGUUAGGGAACAUGAUGCCCUUCUUGAUGUUAUAGCACCUCCUGUCUCUCCUGCUGCUUCUGCUGCUGCUGCUGCUGCUGCUUCGCGCAUGCAGAGGGCACCAGGGGUCCUAGGGGACAGCGUAGCGACCCACAAGGCACCUGGGUUGGCUGCUCCGGGUGACCCUUCUGCUGCUGCUGCUGCUGCUGCGGCAGCAGCAAGAGCACAGCCUCUGCUUCUUGUUCUGAAGAAAGCCCGCGAAGCAGCAGCAGCAGCAGCAGCAGAAGAGGAGGCAACAGCUGCCAGUCGGCCUGCUGCUCCGCAGCUCACGCAGCGGUCGUAUGCUGCAGAUGUGGGGACAGAGUUUUCGAGUGCGGCAGCAGCAGGAGCAGCAGCAAACAUCGCUCAGCAGCUUGAGCAGCAGCAGCAAGACAUGCCAGAAGAGACACAAGGAGGGAAGAGGGAGGAGAUCGUUUUCCCCAGCCCAACGGUGUACUCAGCAGCAGCAGAUGAUACAACAGCAGCAGAUGCAGCAGCAGAUACAGCAGAAGCAGCAGCAGCAGCAGCACAAGAGGAGGCAGCAGGGCUUGAGGCGUCUCCUGGUCUUAGCGGCCCAAUGCGCAACAAAAGAAGCAAAAAAUGGCAAAGUGGAGGAAUUACUUAA